UUUGCGGCGAGAGCAGCAGAGGCGUCAUGGCCUUGAUCUCUUAUCACAGCGUGCUGGGCACGAGGUUGAAGACCUCCGACCGCAAGGGUACGAUUGUGCCGAUGUCAUCGAGGCCAAGAAAGCUUCCACGAAAAACCUCAAUAUUGAAAAAGUAGAGACUUAAUUGCGCUAUGAACACUAUGGAACAGUAUCGAAGCUUGUGUGGGAUGAAGACGAACACGCAUCAUCCUCAUCAUCAAGCGAAUGCAUUUGACCAUUAUCGCGCAUGCCAGCACGCGCGACGUUCUGGUCGUCUGAAAACACACCUUUCGGAUUCCCGCAAUCUCGUAGAACCAAGCCUCGUGCCAGUCACGCAAUCUUGGGCGGCAAUCGGCUUCGUAGCUUGAGCAGAAAUUCAGCAUUAACGCGCUCACUUCCAUCGUACAUGAGGC